ACUUUUUUGUUCUCUACAAGAAUAUCAUCUUCAAUUUGCCCUAGCUUAGUGCGUCCAUACCGUAAAGAUCAACCCUAUAUCCGUAUUCUAUUGUAUCCCAUUGUGCUGUAGGUAAAUCUUUUAUUAUGGUACUUAUAUACGAAUGAUAUGUAGUGGUUGUUGUGAAAACAAAUGAAAUAGUGGUAUUGCUGUUAUCCCUUAAUUGACAUAUCUUUAUUUACUGGAGCUUCUGUAAGAAAUCCAGAUGUCGUGUGAUGAUAUUCUGCAACGAAUAUCCUAAAAAAAAAAAUAAAAAAAAAGUAUCUAUCCGACAAAAAUAAAAGUCCCUAUUCUUGUGCCUGGACACGCAUGCUGAAAAUAAUAAUAAAAGAACGAAUGAAAAGAAGAGUACGAGCCUUCUAGAUUACCUGGCCAAAGUGUUCCAGUGAAUCUCGCUAUACUUUGACUUAGCUAAGUAGCUUUUGAUAUUGACUGCUUUAUUCUUCAGCAAAAGCCCUGAACACUUACACGCGACUGUAUAAUUUGUGAAACUUACAAGUCGCUUGUGAAGGAUAGUAUGGAAUAAGCGAAAAUUUCCUGUACCUUAAAAUUUAGGGUAAUCAGUUAUUAUAUAUUUUUGCCUAUUUAAGAACAAAAUGUUGAUAGCUCAAUGACCGAAAAAGUUUCAAGAACACAUUACGCAUUUUAUGCAUAAAUACGGCUUCAGGGUUUAGUUGAUUUUUAAAAAUCUCCAGUUAGUGUUUUAUUCCAUUGCACAUACACAAAAGUUCAAAUCUUGCAUUAAAUAUGGAUAAGACGAUCGGGUAAAUGAUAGGAAAUUACCGCAAUUUUAAGAUACCAAACGCAUAGUUCUUAUCUUUGAGUGAUUUGUUAUAAAUGAUUCAAUAUAUGAUUAGCUUUAGCACAUAUCGGCAAGGUUCUAUAAUGAUUUAGUUUGGGGGAAUCCUAUGAAAUAAUUCAAUCUGGCGAAAGUAAUAUUUACUCGACAUGCAUCUUUGCCAAGGCUGCUAUGUACUGCGUUCAUUAAUAAUGUUGUCACAUUAAAUCUUCAUUACAGGAACACCACUAUGGCUGCUGCUACACAUCGCACCCAUCAAAAACGAAAAAGACAUCGUGGUGUUGUUCCUCUGCACCUUCAGGGACAUCACUGCACUCAAACAACCCAUCGAGGCAGAAGACUCUCGAGCUUCGGACAGCACGGAGAGCUCGGGGGGCAGGCAACCGACCAAAACUGGACUCAGCAAAUUCGCGAAACUGGCACGUUCUGUGACGCGAAGUCGGUCCGUCCUCGUCACACAGUUCUCGUCUCAUCUCCCUGCUAUGAAGGAUGUCAGCAAACAGUCGAACAUUGCGCAUGGAAGUACGGGCCCCCUGUCAGCAAGGUGGGCUAA